UCUUUUAUAUAUAUAGAUGUUAAAUUUAUAUUGAUUCAAUUUAUGCCUUGGCUGCUGCCUGACCCGAUAAUGUCUAUUAUUCAGUUUCAGGCGUAGCAAUAAUGUUCAUAGGCAAAUACCCCAAAUGUGCAAACCCCUCUUCACCUGCAAAAUAGCCCUAAGAAUCGAAUGGGGCAUAUCCCCCUAUAUUGUAUGGUGGCCAGACCUCGAAAAGAAGAACUUCCUUAAGAAGGUGGAAAAAAUCCUGCGAGCAGCAGCAAUAUGUAUAUGCGCUGUACUACGAUCUACCCCAAACGAAGCCCUAAAUGCCAUACUCAGCAUACCAAAUCCAGGACUAGCUGGAAUAGAACUAGCGAAAGAAGCGGCAAUCAGGCUAAGGAAAACGCAGCAAUGGAGCACCCUUAAUAAGGGCCAAUCUACCAUUCUACUAAAUGACCCACUCCUUUAUGGUAAUACAGACUAAUGCACUCUCAGGGAGUAUCCACAAACUCCUUUAUAUAGGUAAGGGAUAUCCAUAACCUUUAUGCUCCCCUGAACCAAAGUCCAGAACAAACAUUGAAACCUAUAUAGAACUGUUUCUAUGUUUAAAAAAAUUUCUUGCAGUUUUAAAAGGUUCAGUAAAGCAAAACAGAUU